AUGAAUUGGGCAAAUGAGAGCUCCGCCAAAGAGUUUAUACUACUUGGCUUUUCAGACAGGCCCUGGCUACAAAUGCCUCUAUUCAUCCUCUUACUAAUAUCAUAUACAAUCACCAUCUGUGGCAAUGUUUCCAUCAUGACAGUAUGUAUUCUGGAUCCCAAACUUCAUACACCCAUGUAUUUCUUUCUCAUUAAUCUCUCCAUCCUGGAUCUCUGCUAUACCACAAGCACAGUCCCUCAUAUAUUGAUAAAUAUUUCUCACCACAAGAAGACCAUCAGUUAUGGAGGCUGUGUGGCCCAACUCAUCAUCUUCCUGGCCCUCGGUGCAACUGAGUGUCUCAUCCUUGUGGUUAUGUCCUUUGACAGAUACGUGGCAAUCUGCAGACCCCUCCACUACGUGGUCAUCAUGAAUCCUUGGUUCUGCUUAAGGAUGACAGCUGUAUCAUGGUUCGUUGGCUUCAGCAAUUCAGUGUUGCAGUCUUCCUUGACACUUCACAUGCCACGCUGCGGCCGUCGGGAAGUGGACCACUUUUUCUGUGAGGUUCCUGCCCUUCUCAAGUUGUCGUGUGCUGACACAAAGCCUAUUGAGUCUGAGCUCUUUUUCUUUAGUGUAUUAAUCUUGCUAAUUCCGGUGACAUUGAUCAUCAUCUCCUAUGGCUUCAUAGUGCGAGCAGUAUUGAGAAUCAGGUCAGCAGAAGGACGAAGAAAAGCUUUCGGGACAUGUGGGUCCCACAUGAUUGUGGUGUCUCUCUUUUAUGGGGCAGCCAUCUACAUGUACCUACAACCACCUUCAUCCACCUCUAAGGACUGGGGGAAGAUGGUCUCCCUUUUCUAUGCGAUCUUUACACCCAUGUUGAAUCCCCUCAUCUACAGCCUUAGAAAUAAAGAUAUGAAGGAAGGUUUCAAGAGGGUGAUACCACAAAUCUUUUUUUGUAAGAAGUGA